AUGGAUGGUUCCCUGACCGCUAUAACACUGGCAACGACGAUUAAAGAACUUGUUGGAUUAGCGCAGAAGCUGAGUGAAUCUUUGGAUAAGGUAGCUCGAAAUAUGGAGAAAUCUCGACGCCUCGUCGCCGGUAUCGCUAGUAUUCUACCGCGACUGGAGAGUGUGUAUGAGGAUUACCGUGAUGUUUUCGAUCGGUCGCCUAAGUUAAAGGCAGAAGUGCGUCAUCUCGCAGAUGAGAUGAGGGAGGUGCAACGGAAAUGUCAAGGCCUCUUCAACCCACCACCCAACAAAAGGCUGAAGUGGGCAAAAGCAGCUUUCAAUGCCUGGUGGAAUGCUGGCAAGGUCGAAGACGAAAUCGCAACGCUGAAAGAUCACGUUCACAUGUGCCAUAUGCACUUCAUGACCUUGGCGACAGCAAGAACAGAGGGGAAUACACGUCGGAUCGAAGAUAGGGCGGCCCGGAUUGAAGAUAGAACGGCACGAAUCGAAGUGUCGACUACAAGGAUCGAAUACCUACUGCUCGACCACUCUAAAGUCACGGAACUUCAGCAUAUCGAAGAAGCCGUCACCAAGAUCGACCUGGUUAACUCAGUGCCUCCUCGGCCCUUUCUUGGACUCCCCUUCGGGUCGGAAGCUGUUGUUUCGGCACUCGAGGACAUGUACCUGCGCCUUCAAGUUGAUUCGAUCGAUAAAUCCUUGAAGGAACUCGCCUCUUCAGAGUCUUAUCCCAGCGAGGAGCCGAUUGAUGGGUAUCUUCGACCUUUCGAAUCCAUUAUCACGCUUAGAUCGAUUGCGAAACCUCGAGAAGAAACCCAUCGAGAGGUUGUCAAGAAAACGCUCGAGAUUCUUCACGCUUUGCAGCGACGGUCGACACAUCUUUCCAUCCAAGAGGAAGCUGCUACCGUUGGCCUGUGGACCGUCAACCUUUUCAGAACCCUCGUCGAAGCCAAUCCACAGCUUUAUCGCCCUUACCUAGUUGCACAAUCUAGCGCGGAAGCCCUCGACGCAACCAACGAGUGCAUGGCCAUCAAUCGGCAAUUGGAAGAAGUCGGUGACACGCAGGAAUUCCGAGCUCAACUCGGACGAGCUCUGACGACCCGAGCCUCAAUUCUGCGGUCUCAAGGAGAAGUCAAGGAUGCGUUAAAGGAUGCACAAGAUGCCGCCUCCCUCUUUGAAAAUAUGCUUUCAGAGAUCGACGAUUGGAAGGUGCUCAUGAUGGAGCCAACUUCAGAGACAACACCUCAGCGACAAUACAACCUUGACAGCCUCGAAGUUACCGGGGCUGAACGAAUUAUGUACGACUAUGGCAGGGCGUCAUUGCAAUUAUCAUAUUGCCUCAACGACGCGGAGAUGGAUCCCGCGGAAGCGCACGACGUAACCAAGAAAGCCCUUGUCCAAUUUCGACACAACCUCGACCCAUCCACUCGACCAGCGUCCACCUCGAACCACCAUGCUCGCAGACAACGUCAAGAUGCGGGCUGCGAUGAGAUGUAUAAAUUAGCAGGCAGAGGCCCCAGGUACGUCACCUUCAGCCCGCUCGACUGGCAUUCAACAUUGACCGACAUGUCAGAUUGGCAGCAGCACUUAAUCAGUCUCGACGACGCCAUCGUAGCAGCAUUUGAACACAGAGAACGACAACGGCAGCAAGAGCGCGAAGCUGCAGUGAAGCUGGCGGUCACACGAGGGAAGACAGCCCAGCUGGCAGCGAGUGAGCACCAGGGACCUCCUACCCCACCUGCCACACUCAAACAGAUGCAAGCCACACGGAGGAGCCUUGCUCAAAAGGCGCGCAGAGCGAGAGAGCGAGCUGCCCAGGGUCAGCUUCAAGAUUCCAACCUGCCCACAUCGAAUGCUGGGGCACCUCCUCCAUCAAAUCGAACCCUUGCACAGCGUGCGCGUCGAGAGCGCGAAAGAGCUGCACGAGAGGGCAUUCACCAAGACCAGCAAGUGCAGGAGCCAAAGGCACCUCAGCCAUCAAACCGAACUCUUGCACAACGUGCGCGGCGGGAGCGGGAACGAGCUGCUCAACACGGAAACGAACAAGGUAUGCCAACUGUUACCUUUCUCUUCGAUAUUGUGCUCUUCCAUUUCAUUGAGCUGCAAUUUACGCAUGUUUGA